CUGGAGCUCUCCCCGGUCACAGCCGCUGUGUAAGGGGCGGGAGUGGAGCUGGAGUCCGGCCGUUUGCCGGCGACUCUCCCCGGUCACAGCCGCAGCCCCGGGUGGCGGGAUGGCGAGCCCGCUGCGCUGCCCCGAAUGCGGCUCUGCCGCCGUGGAGGAAGACGCUCACUACAGCCAGAGCCACCUGGUGUGCACCGACUGCGGCUGCCUGUUGUCUGAGGGCCUGCUCACCACCGCCCGCUCCGAGGAGGCUUUCCUGCAGGCUGUGAGAUACACGGACAGCACAGCUGAAGCGAAGAAGCCCUGCCGUAAUAAGUUGCAAGGUAUGAGGCGUGUGCGUGACCUGUGCCAGAUCCUGCGUCUGCGGCCCGUGCUACAGGACUCGGCCAGCGAGCUGUACAGCCGUGCCUACGACCACCCCGACUUCCUGCACCUGGGCCUGGACAAGAAGGAGGCCCUAGUGGGUUGCUGCAUCCAGGUGUCCUGCCGCCAACACGAUUGGCCUCUGACUAUGGGCACCCUCUGCUCCCUCCUCCACGUGCCACCCUCCCUCUUCUCCGCUGUCUUCCUGCAGCUCAUCAAGGCUCUGCAGCUCGACAUUCCCAGCCUCUGCCUGCAUGACCUGGUGAAGACACACUGUGAUGGGUUGCAGCUGUUCCAGAAUUCGGGUCGGGUGCCUGCUGUGUACGUGGAGGACAAGGACAAGGUGGUGCAGCGGGCACUGCAGCUGGUGGAGUUGGCGGCAGAGACAUGGUUGGUGACAGGCAGACACCCGGUGCCCAUCCUCACGGCCGCGGCAUAUCUGUCGUGGCAGUCGCUGCAGCCGGUGCAGCGCCUGAGCUGUAGCCUGGGCCGCUUCUGCCGGAUGGCAGGGAUCGGCCUGCCACCCCCUGCCCCCCAGCGGGUGCGGGAGAUGACCGGUGUGCUGGCCACACUGGCCGCACAGCUGCCCUGGCUGCCAACUCAGACAGUCGACGCCAGGACCGCCGUGAAGUACGCCGGCGAUGUUCUCCGCCACCGCGACCUGCUCCUUCACCAGUCACUGGACAAGUGUGGGGAGGGGGGCAGAGAGGGCAACGGUGGCGAGGGCAGCAGCAACAUCCAACAGCAACUAUGCCAGGCACAGGGAGACAAGAGCGGCAGUGGGCACCAGUCCCAACCUUGCCGGGCACAGGGAGACAAGAGUGGCAGUGGGCACCAGUCCCAACCUUGCCGGGCACAGGGAGAUGAGGGCACCAGUGGGCACCAGUCCCAACCUUGCCAGGCACAGGGAGACAAGAGUGGCAGUGGGCACCAGUCCCAACCUUGCCGGGCACAGGGAGACAAGAGUGGCAGUGGGCACCAGUCCCAACCUUGCCGGGCACAGGGAGAUGAGGGCAUCAGUGGGCACCAGUCCCAACUGUGCCGGGCACAGGGAGAUGAGGGCAUCAGUGGGCACCAGUCCCAACUGUGCCAGGCACAGGGAGAUGAGGGCAUGAGUGGGCACCAGUCCCAACUGUGCCAGGCACAGGGAGAUGAGGGCAUCAGUGGGCACCAGUCCCAAAUGUGCCGGGCACAGGGAGAUGAGGGCAUCAGUGGGCACCAGUCCCAACUGUGCCAGGUACACAGUGAGGGCAACAGUGAGGUUAUGCAUGUCAGUUAUGAACAGGACGGGGGCAACAAUAGCCACCAACAGGAGCCGUGCCGGGUACAGGGUGACGAUGGCAACAGUGGGGUUAAGCAAUGGGUCAGUCAAGCACAGGGCAAGGGCAGCAGCAAGCUCCAACCACAGCCAUGCCAGGCACAGGGAGACAAGGGCAACAAUGGCCACCAACUGCAGCCGUGCUGGGCACAGGGAGAUGAGGGCAGCAGUGAAGUUCAGCAGUGGGUGAACCAGGCAAACCCAGCGUCCAGCAGCGGGCACCAGCAGCAGAGCCAGGCCCGGGAACCAGGCGCCAGCCAGAAACACUCAGCUCCGGUGUUCCUGCCUCCGUGCCUCACACAAACCAAGAGACGGCGUUUCAGGCGGGAAUCGGAGGGGAGCUGCAGCGGUCCCAUAGUCACGGGAGAUGAAGAGAUAUCGGACAGUGAGAUUGAGCAAUACCUGCGGACACCGGACGAAGUUGCAGCCUUCCAGGCAGCAAAUGCCAUCCUUACCCAGUGACCUGCUGCCCGGCCCGACCCGUCCUGGGUCCCUGCGCUGGCACAUGCCCACUGCUCCUUCCUGGGCAGGUGGCGCCUCGACUCACGGGGAACAAUGUGCUCUGCCUGUGCUUUCACUGACUGGCUAGUUGACACUUUGACUGAUAUCUCACUGGGACGGGCUGGUGCAGAGGGCAUCUGUACCCAGGAGCUGGCUCUCAGUGCCCCGUCCACGGGUCUGUGACUUCCAUUGCCCUGUGCUGCAAUGUCCACUAGAACUGCAUCUCCAUCCGUCUCAAGAAUGGCCCCGACCCAAAAUAUUGUGUAUUUCCUUCAACAGAUGCUGCUGGACCCAGUGAGUUCCUCCAGCAAGUGGUCUCUUGAGCAACACCUCAUUGUUCAACAGUUCUGCCCCAGGGUUUACUGCACACCCUGACUGACAACAUUAAACCAGACACAUUAGUGCUCAUUUCGCCUGUGCUUAUUCUGUCUGAUGCUAUUCAGAGAUAGACAUAAAAUGCUGGAGUAACUCAGCAGGACAGGCAGCAUCUCAGGAGAGAAGGAAUGGGUGAAUUUUCGGGCUGCAUGUCAGGGUCUCGACCCGAAACAUCAUCCAUUCCUUCUCUCCAGAGAUGCUGCCUGUCCUGCUGAGUUACUCCAGUAUUUUGUGCUUAUCUUUGAUUUAAACCAGCAUCUGCAGUUCCUUCCAUCACAUUUUGUCUGGUGCUAAACUCGGAACCACAUUGACAUUGUAACCAGAAGAUUUGUCUGCCCCAGCUUGCUGGAGUGGUGAAUGUUGUCUGCAGAGAAAAAUCCAAUGUGAAGUGGCUGUUGGCUGUUUCACAUUCACCAGGUGGACAGAUGGGACUGUCAAUUAUUGUCACUACAAACAGCAGUAUUUGCCGGUGUGGCACUCCACACGGGAAUACACUGUGUCCCACACUCAUCACUGAGUGGGACAGAGAGCUCUGCACUGCCACAAGGCAUUCAAGUCAGAAUGAGUAGUGAUCAAAUGUAAAUUAAAAAAAUUGUCAGCAGCUAAUGUUUCAUUUCACUGACAUAAAAUGUUGGGAUGGAUACUCUGAACAAAUCUAUUUGUUUAAUAAAAAUAUUUUUUACCAGAG